AUGCAGAGUAAUCAAAUUUGUUCGUUAGAAAAAAUAAGACUUGCGCAAAUCAAACAACAAGCUAUAAAAUCAUCCGAAGAAAUAAGUGAAUAUUGUCAUGUAUUAAGAAAUCGCUUACAAAAUGGAAUUGUAUUAGGAUAUGAGUAUCUGACCGCUAAGCUUUACUAUGAUAUAGCAUUAGUAAACUAUGAAUAUUAUCGGCAUGGUCUUGUUCACGAUAAUUUAUUAUCAGUAAGGGAAUUUUUAAAGAAAUGUAUAGAUCAAUUUGAUCAGAACAAUCCCAGAACUAAUCAUAUCGAUAUCGUAAAAGAUGCGAAAUAUCUUCUCGAUUCAGUUUGUGAUCUUGAAAAUCAUGUAUCGAUUAAUAGGAAAUAUUAUUCGUUAAAAGGAAAACGAAAAGAACUUGAAGUAAACCUUCAAAAUCAAACAGAUUCGAAUACUUUAAUUGAAAUUUUAUGCGCACUAGUUGAAUGUAAUUUAGAAAUCGGUUGUAUCGAUCAAGUAGAGUAUUAUUUAGAGUUUUUACGCGGCUCAUCCGAAGAAAAUCUCAAAGAUAAGCUCGAUGAAUAUGAAUUACGGAAGUGUUUAAUUGUAAAUCUACGGCAAGUUAUAGAAUGUGAAGUUGCUUUGUCACAACCACAAGAAGAUGAUAUCGAAUAUUAUUCAGUGAAAAAAACAGAAAAAGUCGUAGAUUAUCAAUUAGAAGCUCAGAAAUGGAAAGAUAUGUGUAAAAAAUCAAAUACUCGAUCGAUUUUAUUUAUCUAUAGUCCAGAGAAAAACGAGCAUCAUUGGGAAACUUGGUUUUCGUUACCAGAUAGAAAAACGGAAGUUUUUCAAUUAGAAAUCGAUAAUAAAUCAUUCUUAAGUAAAUUUUUGAAUCAUAUCUAUUUGAAGAAAGUUAAUAAUCAAGUUUUAAGUGAAGUAUUGGAGAUGUCCGCCGUUGAUAAAGACAAUGCUUUUAAUUUGAAAUGCAAGACAACGAAAAUACUUCGUUUUUGUCAAUUAUUAAAAGAUGCGUAUAGUUUUAUUGGAAAUUAUCCACUGGAGCAACGAUAUGAACAAGCCUUCUCUUAUUUCUCCAAAGAACAAAUUAAACGUCGAAAUCAAAUUACUUCUUCGUUCGAAAUAGACAACAAUUUAGCGAAAAAAUCUGAUAAACAUAUAUGUAAUCAAUUUCCUUUGAGUUUAUUUCCAAUUUCGUCGGAAAACAUCGUUAAGAAUUUAAAUGAUCAAAUUGAUGAAGAGGAAUUUUUUUCUAACAUUCUUCCAUAUCUUGAUCAAAUUAAAGAUUUAAAACGUUCGUUUAAUUGUGUUCACACAAUCGAUUGGCGUUUUUGUUCGAUACAAACAGAUAAGAAUGAGUGCGUAAAAAAGUGGCAGAAAGAAAAUGUUCAGUUUGAAAAAGAAAAUCCUUUUGAGAAAAGAUAUCUUCUUAUAUUAGUUCAAUGUAGUUAUCAUUUUAUACCGAAGUUUAUGCGGAAUUCCGAUCGUUGGUAUUUGUAUAAAGAAACCGCUUCUGGUCGAAUCUACGAAGGUUUUGUUGAUGAAAAACAAGAAUUGAAGAAUAUAGAUUUAUACUUAAGAGAUAUUUCACCAGAAGAUAUCGAACAAAAAGAAAAAACAAAAAAAUUUCUAUUUAAAGAAGAUCAAAUACUGAAAUAUUUAUCGAAAAUAUUUCGAAACGAUGAAGAACUUUUAUCCACAAAGUCUUUUUCUUCGCAAUAUCAUUUCAUCAAACCCCAAUGCUUAUCGAAAAGAGAAAUUGUAAUCUAUGAUUUACGAAAAGCGAAACAUGCUCACAAUUUUAAAGAACAGAUCAUACGUAAUCUCGAUCGAAAUUUUAUUUGUAUAGGAAAACUAUCCAACAAACAUUAUAUCACAUUAGUUGUCGAAAGUAGACGAGAAUAUAAAUUUGAUUUUCAUUUACGAUACAUCUAUGUAAUAGAUUCGACUUAUGAAAAGAUAAAUGAAAAAUUCUUAGAAUGGUUUACAGGUGUUAAAGAUCAAUGUGUUUAUGAAGUUCGUUUUAUUGAAUGUCCAAAGCAAAGGUUUAUGUCAGAAAAUAGUUUAUUACAUGCCUAUUUCAAUGCUACGGCUUGUCAAUGGGCGGCAAAUGGGAAUUAUUGGACAUUUUUGAAGAGAAAUUUUUCUAAACAAGAAUUUUCAAAUAAAAAUAAUAUCGAGAAAAUUAAAUUAUGGUACAUUGGAAAUAGUGAGAAAUUAUCGAUUUCAGAAUAUAUAGAAGAUAAUUUUCUCGAUGAACAAACUCGUGAAAUAAUUGAAAAAUUCAAAAGUUUACUCUAUAAAAUCUUUUCUUCUGUUUUACAAGGUCAGGAAAUGAAAACUCGUAUUGAAGAGAUAUCGAAAGAAUUUACUACUAUUAAAAGAUUUGAUGAAAUAUUAGAAAAGAUAAGUGAUUUAAAUAAAGGAGUAGUUUCUAAUGAUGAACUGAAAGAAUGUAUUAACACGCUUGAAAAUCUUGAAAAUACGACUGAAGAUCCGAGAAAAAAGGAAUACUUAGAAAUUAAUUCAAUAGUUGAUAUUAUGUUUGAAAUUCUUAAGAAAUGUUCGUUUGAUCUAUUAUCUUUACAAGAGAAACUUCUUCAAAAUUUCGAGUAUUUCGAAGACAAACUUCAUCAUAAUAUCUUAUUAACGAUCGUAGAUAAAAAUUACGAUUAUACAAAACGAAUAAAACAGAUGAUAAAGUCUAAUGAUGCGAAUUCAACAAGUUAUGAAAAUUUUCUAAAUUCUCUUGGAGAUUAUCUUGAAACUCGAAAAAGUUUUAUUCCUGCACAUGAAUUCCUUUUAGAAUGCAGAUAUCUAACAAAUGAAUUACAAAAAUGUAAAAUUGAAAAUAUUGUAGUGACAAAUCAAUGUGCUAAGCAAAGUUUAGAUACAAUUCAAUGUUUCAUUGAACGAUUUAUUCAAAUAGAAGAAUCGUUUGAAUCAUUUCAAUGUAUAUUUAAACGUCUUUUACCGUUUAAUUAUGAGUUAUUGGAAUUAUCAGCUAUUAAUGAGAGAUUAAGAAUUGAUAUUUAUCAACAAAUUUCUAAUUUUGAUGAUAUUGAAAAAUGUAUCGAGAAUCUAUUUGAAGAUGAUAAACAGAGUGUAAAAAAUAUAUUUAGCUCAUUCCGUAAUUCGAUUCCAAUGAACGAUGAGAGAACUGCGUAUUACGUAGGAACACAUCUGAGACAAAUAAUGAUGGAAGAAGUAGAUUGUUAUAUGAAUAGUUUAGUUUCAUUUCGAUAUAAAUCAUUAAAUUCAAUGGAAGUUUUCGAACAAAAUCUUCAUCACUAUUUACUUAAUUCUAUUAAAGAUAUUGUGGUAAAUCAAAAACCUAGUAACCAUUUACUGAGUAGUGCUUCAUCUAUUUUAAAUUCAGUGAAUCUAGAAGAUGUCGAUUAUGAUCAGAAAAUUUCUUUUUAUAUACAAAUAAUUAAAAUUUUUCGUUGUUCUCCGAAUACGAUACCAUCUGAAGUUAUUGAUAAUCUUUUAUUACAAUUGAAUAACAAAAGUCAUAGUCAUUUUGUUUAUUUACAACAGAAACUUGAUGAUUUAACAAAGAUGUUAAAACGAUUCGCAAAAGUAGCAAAGAUUUUACCAGAAUUUAGUAGAUUAUUUCUGCAAUGUCUUAACGAAAAAUAUGAUCAUUUACCUGAACAAGAAGUAUUUUCUGUGGAUGGUAAAAUUCAUAAAGAAAUUCUUGAUCGACUUCAAUCAAAUAAAACUUUUGAUGAUAUAAAGAGCAUUGUCAGUAUGUUUAAUAAGAAUGAAUUGAAUAAUAUAGUAGAAGAAUGCGAAUGUUUUCUUAGAGAUGCAGAUGAGAAAGGUAGUGCUGAAAUUAGUGGAUGUCUACGACAAUGUAUUAUCAAUAUAGUAGAAAACUUCAUAUCGAAUUUAUUAACUUAUCGUUAUGACGCAUUAGUAGCUUUUAAUAAUUUUGAGAAAAAACUCUAUGAAUUACUAACGACAUAUGAUGCUAUAGAAAGUCAAGGAAUGAGAAAUCUAAUAAUUGAGACGUUACGUAGCUUGAAUGAUUCAAAUUAUUAUUAUGAUAAGAAUUUUCUUACGUAUAGAACUCUAGUUGAAAGUUUACAAAAACAAAAUUGUGAAUGUGCUCGAAUAAUAAAACCUGUUUUUGAAGAGACAAAUCAUACUCUUAAGCCUAUUUUUAAAGAAAAAGUAAAUAAUUUAAAGAAAAUUUUAAAUGGAUAUGUUAAUUGGUAUGAAAUCGAGAGUUUCAAGCAAAAUGAAUACGUUAUUUUUCAAAUAAAAACAACAUCUGGUGUUUUAAGUCAAAUUUUGAAAAAUAUUAAAGAUAAACAUCCCGAUUGUUUUUCUUCAAAUAAUGAAAUACGAAUUAUUAACUGCGAUAAACUCUACAUUGACGUUCAUCUAUCUAGUCGAGAAUAUUCAGGAGUAAAUAUUGUUAUUAUUAGUCCAUGUCAAGAAUUAGUUAAGAAUAUAACGACAUUAGAAAUGUAUACUGAUGGUGAAAAUGCGAAAGAUGUUUGGAAAGAUAAACCCGCUAAAAAUAGUAUUGGAACAGAUGCAAAUAGAAAUGGAAAUAAAGGAGAAGAUGGAUCGGAUGGAAAAAAUGGGAAAAGUGCUGGGAAUAUUUAUGUUGUCGCCAAUUAUUUACCUUCAAUCGAAGUAUCAGUUCGUGGUGGACAAGAAGGAAGCGGACAAGAUGGUGGAAAUGGAACAUCAGGUUUAGAUGGUAUUGAUGGAAAACAUGCUGACAAAGACGCUUUGAAGAAAGGUUUAGAACAAUCAUGGGCAUUGCUCGGUUGGGGUUGGUCACAUCGUCAUCGACGUCUCGGCACUGAUGGUCGACCUGGUAGCAGUGGAGGCGAUGCUGGCUCAGGUGGUUUUGCUGGUGAACAUGGUAAUUCUGGAGCAGUAAAAAUUGUUGCACUGAAAGGCAAUUGUCCAGACGUUCAACAUCGUGCUGUUUUCGAAAACUCAACAAGUCAAAAUGGUAAAACGGGAAAACCUGGUGAAGCUGGAAAGCAUGGUAAAGAUGGACUUGAUUAUGUAGGUAUAAGUAAUUGGAUAAAUCCUGGCCGAGCGUUACUUUCAAGUCGAGGAAUAGAUAAUUUAAAAGGUGGUCGUCUUCCUCACGAUGACAGACAUGAUGCUUUCGAAAGCCAGAUUUGGCAGGAUUAUUCUAUGCUACCCAUGGUAUACAAUGAAACUGAUGAUAGAUUUAAAGGCAAUUAUCCCGAUAAAACAGCUCACAGAGGUUCUGAAAAACUCAAUCGACAUAAAAAUCAAGAAGUUGUUCAUCAAAUUCAUGGGAUAAAUCAUCAUGAUGUUUUCGAGCAAUCAUCGAAAUUUUUCGAACCAUUUAUAAAUCCUAAAAAAGUAGCAUCUUAUCAACAUUGGUUAGCUUCAAGUUUAAAAGAAUUUAUAGAAAAAAUGGCUGAAUUAGAAGAAAUUCCUUCGUAUACAGUACAAACUUUACCUGAUAUUGAACAUGAUGCGAAACAAUUGUUGAUUCUAAAAGAAAAUUUUCUUCAAAUUCUAAGUAAAGAAAAUGAAAAACUUCAACGAGAAAAACUCGAUACCAAUCAAAUGAAUAUUGGAAUUAUUCUAUUAGCACAACAUAUCUUCACUCAAUAUAGUGAUUAUCAGAAACAAUAUCAAGCUGUUUAUCAACAAUUACAAAAUGAAAUGGAAAAAGUCAAUAUCAGUCAAUUAGCAACAGGUUUAGAAAUUCGAAGUAUCGAAAUAGCAAGUUUAAAAAGUACAAUCAAUCGAAUUAUAAACGAACAACGAUUUCAUCAACGUUUUGCUACUACACAACGACGUGCAGAAAUAUUAAUAGAAACACCAAAAGAAGAUCUUUCGAAGACAAUUCUAUCCCGACAGAAUAUUGAAAUUUUAAAGGAAGAUUUGGAUCAACAAAAAUGGAAACGAUUUCAAACGAACAUCUAUUAUAAAAAGAUUGAGUUUAGAAAUAAAUUUAAUGAAGAACCUAAUGAAGAAAAUCUUUUUCGACUUGGACAUGAUUUUCUCGAGAAAUUAAUCGAUACAUGUAGUAAACCGGAAGAGAUUGAUUUAGAAAAAAUUUCGAAUUUUACUUACGAUUAUCUUUAUAAUUUACAGCAAUCGAAUUAUAGUUUAGUCGCUUUAGAAUAUCUUCGAAAUCAACAAGAAAAAAUAGAUGAUUUAAUAAUGAAAACAUCAUGGCCGGAAAAUAGUCAUGUAUUGGACUUGUUAAUCGAUUUUUUCAAAGGUUUUAAUAGAGAAUUUUCAAGACAAUAUUGGCUAGUUUGGAUAGGAAAAACAUUGAAAUGUAUUGAAAAAUCUUCUGAAGAUGAUCGAGUAAGAAAAGGCAAAAGAAAUCUAAUUGAUCUUCUACAAAUUCUUCGAAUAGCAGACGAUAUUCAAAUAAAACAACUUAAUUUUAAUCUAAAAUCAUCAUUUUUAUUAAAAGAAUUUUUUGCGUAUGAUUUUGAUCCGACUUUAUUGUAA